AUGGGUUCGCCGUCCACGGCGUUAUGUGAUGUCACACGUGUACACUUCACAACUCCCGCGCUCACCACCCUUGUAUCUCUACCUCAACGUCCUCAACCCACUCUGCAUGAGAAAUACCUCGUGAUAACAUCCAGGGUAGAACAAAACCCGAACGAAUGGUGGACAAGAGAAUCUAAUGGAUUUGGGCUGAAGCGCGUGAGCUCCGAGACUUGCAACCCACUGGAGAAUGAUCCGAGGAGUUGCUGUAUUUUCUAA